GUCACGCAUCUCUAUCCAAAAAUCAUGUUCACCAAAAUUUUAGCCCUUAGUGCCGUGGUGGCGGCAGCUCAAGCUGGUCUCCUAGGACUAGGCCAUGGUCUCGGCCACGAUCACGGCUAUUCAGUAUCAUCCCAGCACAACGUGGUUCAACAUCCCCACUAUGCUCCUGAACCACACUACGCCUCCAUUGGUCAUGACGCGUACUCCCAUGGUGGCCACUACGCUGCUCCCCUCGCCCAUGAUGCCCACUACGGCGCCUCUCCCCUGCUGCACACUUCUGCCCUGAUCCACGCCGCUCCCAUCGCCCAUGCUGCUCCUCUCGCCCACGCUGGACAUAUCGCACAUGGAGCCACCAUCGCCCACAUCGCCCCCCUGGAUCAUGCUGCCCAUAUCGUUCCUAUUGCCCACCACGGUUAUGCUUCCCAUCACCACGGACAUGACACAUACGCCCACCCCAAAUACCAGUACUCUUACUCCGUGGAAGACCCCCACACCGGUGACCACAAGUCUCAGCACGAGAUUCGCGACGGAGACGUCGUGAAGGGCGGAUACUCUCUGCUGCAGCCCGAUGGCUCCAUCCGCAAGGUCACCUACACCGCUGAUGACCACAAUGGAUUCAACGCGGUCGUGGAGAACUCAGGACCUAGUCACCACGUGUACUCUUCUCAGCACCACCAUUAUUAGAUCUCUCAUUAACGAAUAAGCUUUACAAACAAGACUUGUACCUUGUUUAUUUAUUAUUAUUAUUUUAAUGUACAAUGGAGUCAUUAAAGUUACUGAAUAAACGAAUAA